GCUCUCAGAGACAAGAGCAGUACUUAAACGGGCUGAUGCAACGACCUCAGCUAGUCCCAAAACCUACAUCCGACUCAUAACUCCCGCACCGUCACACUAUUAUUACUACUGCGGAUUUUGGGCGCAUAAUAGCGUCCAAACACGUUUGCAUCAUUGACAGAAGACGACUGCCAGGUUUUCUCUGAGGGCGGCGGUGGCAGGGUCGGACAUGAUGCCAGGACAGAUACCUGACCCUUCGCUGGCGGCCGGCUCCCUGCCCAGCCUAGGCCCGCUGGCAGGCAUCUCGGCCACCACGCUCACCGAUCAACUCAAACUGGCCGACUUCCGCCAGCUGGGUGCCAUGCUGUCUCCACUGCACUUCCUGGGGAGGCUGGGGAAGAGGCCGCUGGCCAUCAAAACUGAGGAGAUGGAUGAAGACGAAGAGAGAAGAAAACGCAGACGAGAGAAAAACAAAGUUGCAGCAGCACGAUGCCGAAACAAAAAGAAGGAACGGACUGACUUCCUUCAAAGGGAAUCAGAGCGUCUGGAGAUGGUGAACUCUGAACUGAAAGCCCAGAUCGAGGAGCUCCGUAUUGAGAGGCAGCAGCUAAUGAUGAUGCUAAAUCUCCACCGACCCACCUGCAUCGUGAGGACGGACAGCGUCAAAACACCAGAGAGCGAGGCCAACCCCUUGCUGGAGCAGCUGUCCAAUGACAAAAAGUGAAACCAGGAAGGUGAAUUCCCUGAAAAAAGCACCACUGUGGCAGCCAUUUUUUAAAAAAUAUAACUGGCAAUACAUUUCUAAGCAAGCACUCGAGCUCCAAGCUGAGGACUUACGGAGACUCUGCCCAAAGACCUGAGGUUUGAGGGCUUCUUUACACGAGCUGGCUCUGUCCAUUGGAGUACUGGAAUCACCCAGUUUCAUCUCUGCAUUAAGUGUUGUUGUUGACACCAGCUGUGCCUAGCUGUUACUUCAACCAUCUCUACAUAAAGGGACCAGUGGAAACAGUAGAGUACUAAUGGAAACAACAGUGAGGAAACACACUAAUACCGAUAUGGUGCUCUGUUACAAAAGCCCUGUGUAGAUUGUGUGGCAUUGUUUGAAUGCAGAGCCCACAAAGGCUUAGCAGUUUUCUUUGGUAUGCUAGCCAAAUUAUACAGGUGAAGAAUUUUAUAGUAUACAAUACUCAGUACAAGUACACCAGAAGAAGUAGAGUUUUUUUGUUUUGUUUUGUAAUAUUGAUUUGUAUACCUGCCUCAGAUGUGGCAAGUACCGGUUGAUCCGAUUUGUGGUGACGCUGGCGUCAUAAAAAAGCACAUAUACACAAAAUGUUUACACAGUUGUUUUUUUGGACUUGUUGUCUGUCCAUUAUUGUUUUAUACUGCUUUGUAUACAUAAACAUAUAUAUGAUACUUGUUAAUCACUUGAUGUGAUUUGUCUUUCAGUCUUUUCAGUCUGUCAUAUUGCGCUGUCAAGCAGCUGUGAACACAAAAAGGAAGUCUUUUCAGCUGAGCAGUAUUUCAUUGUCUGUUCUUUUAUCUGCUAUGUUUGACUUUGGUACCUGAAUAGAUUAAAUUUUAUUUUCUAACUACAA